AUGUGUAUUUAUGAUAAGAAGCCCCCCCAGCAGCAGCAAAGGGCCGCCCUGGAUCAUGCACCCUGUCGCUGUCUUGUCUGCCCCUCUCUGACUGAGCUUGCUUCGGGAUCUCUGUGUUCAACUCUUGUGCUGCUCCUCACGGAAAGCACCGCCUCCCCCGGGCAUAAGGAUCGUGAUGGUCUACAGAAGCUGAGAGCUGGAUGA